GAAGAUGUGUGUCACUGUGUCUGUGGGGGUCCUGCAUCUGAGCCACCCCCAGCUCACCCUCUUCCCCCAGUUCUGUGGCUCCCUCCCAGGAAGUGGCCCUGCCCCUCGCCUCUUCUCCCUCCCAACCAGUCUGUGCGGGGGGAGCUGGUGCUGCGGCCCCCCUCCCCUUCCCUCCGCAUCCAGGCCCCAUAAAUAGCAGCAGAGCUGGAGCCGGAGCCAGAUCCAGAGCCAGAGCCGGAGCCGGUGCUAGCAGCUGGAGCAGCAAAGGAGUCAGGGCCAGGGCCAGAGAGCCGGAGAGAGAAGCCCCCUGACUGAGAGCCCAGCAACAUGUCAGACUCUGAGAUGGGAUGGGUGCCUGAGCCCCCAACCAUGACGCUGGGGGCUUCAAGGGUGGAGCUGCGGGUGUCCUGCCACGGCCUCUUGGACCGAGACACACUCACCAAGCCCCACCCCUGCGUGCUGCUGAAGCUGUACUCUGAUGAGCAGUGGGUAGAGGUGGAGCGCACGGAGGUGCUUCGCUCCUGUUCCAGCCCUGUCUUCUCUCGGGUGCUGGCCCUCGAAUACUUUUUUGAGGAAAAGCAGCCCCUACAGUUCCACGUGUUUGAUGCUGAGGAUGGAGCCACCAGCCCCCGCAAUGACACCUUCCUCGGCUCUACAGAGUGUACCUUGGGCCAGAUUGUGUCACAAACCAAGGUCACUAAGCCAUUACUGCUGAAGAAUGGGAAGACUGCGGGCAAGUCCACCAUCACGGUCGUGGCUGAGGAGAUAUCUGGCACCAAUGACUAUGUGCAACUCACCUUCAGAGCCCACAAGCUGGACAACAAGGAUCUGUUCAGCAAGUCUGACCCUUUCAUGGAGAUCUAUAAGACCAAUGGCGACCAGAGUGACCAGCUGGUCUGGAGGACUGAGGUGGUGAAGAACAAUCUGAACCCCAGCUGGGAGCCAUUCCGCCUGUCCCUGCACUCCCUAUGCAGCUGUGAUGUUCACCGGCCUCUCAAGUUCCUUGUGUAUGACUAUGACUCCAGCGGGAAGCAUGACUUCAUUGGCGAGUUCACCAGCACCUUCCAGGAGAUGCAGGAAGGGACGGCAAACCCUGGGCAGGAGAUGCAGUGGGAUUGUAUCAAUCCCAAGUACCGGGACAAGAAGAAGAAUUACAAGAGCUCAGGGACAGUAGUACUGGCCCAGUGCACGGUGGAGAAGAUACACACCUUCCUGGAUUACAUCAUGGGUGGCUGCCAGAUCAGCUUCACGGUGGCCAUUGACUUCACCGCCUCCAAUGGGGACCCAAGGGGCAGCCAGUCCCUACACUGCCUCAGCCCCCGACAGCCCAACCACUACCUGCAGGCCCUGCGUGCAGUGGGAGGCAUCUGCCAAGACUAUGACAGUGAUAAGCGGUUCCCAGCUUUUGGCUUUGGGGCUCGAAUCCCCCCCAACUUCGAGGUGUCCCAUGACUUUGCUAUCAACUUUGACCCGGAAAACCCUGAAUGUGAAGAGAUCUCAGGGGUCAUCACUGCCUACCGUCGUUGCCUGCCCCAGAUCCAGCUCUAUGGACCCACCAACGUGGCCCCCAUCAUCAACCGCGUAGCUGGGCCUGCCCAGCGGGAGCAGAGCACUGGCCAAGCCACGAAGUACUCGGUACUGCUGGUGCUCACUGACGGUGUGGUGAGCGACAUGGCUGAGACCCGCGCUGCCAUCGUGCGUGCCUCCCGCCUGCCCAUGUCCAUCAUCAUUGUGGGCGUGGGCAAUGCCGACUUCUCCGACAUGCGGCUACUGGACGGCGAUGAUGGUCCCUUGCGCUGCCCCCAAGGAGUGCCCGCGGCCCGCGAUAUCGUCCAGUUCGUGCCCUUCCGAGACUUCAAGGAUGCCGCCCCCUCUGCGCUAGCUAAGUGCGUCCUGGCCGAGGUGCCCCGGCAGGUGGUGGAGUACUAUGCCAGCCAGGGCAUCAGCCCAGGGGCUCCCAGGCCCUGUACACCGGCCAUGACUCCCAGCCCUAGCCCUUGACGGCCACCCACCGGACCAACACUCCCUUAGCCUCUCAGUGCCUGUCCUGACCCUUGUGACUCGAGUGACCAGUGCCUCUGCCUCUUGGACCAGCUGUGCCCCUGGGUCCUAGAAGUGAGUGGUGGGCCCUGCCCAUCUCUCCAAGCCCCACACCCCUCAACCUUGUGGCCCCUCAGUGACUUCCUUCAGUGAUCCUGACUUUCUGGCAGUUAAUAAAGGGAACCAUUCAGCA